CUGCUGCUGCUGCUUCUGCUCUCCAGCAAGAGAAAGAAAGACCAACGCAGCGAAACACACAAGUAGGCUGCUAGCUGAGAGGGCAGCAUGGCGGGGCUUCAGGACUUCAGACAAGGCAGCCACUGUCACAGGAAAACAUGGAUCAAUAUACUAUUAGGAAUACUACAAUUACUUUUACCCUGCGUACAGCACGGAGGGGCUCAGCUGCAAGCUCUGUCCACCAGCGUGGUCGAGGUCUGGCAACCAGAGGAAGCAGACCCCUUCGUCCAACUUCAGGUGGAGAAGGAACGACUAAAAGACGGUUUUCCAUUGGAAGACAGCUCCUCUCUAUAUUCAGGGGAGAAUGGGAGGCCCUUGCAUUUCCAGCCCCCAGUGUUGGAAUUUGGGACGCAGCCGCUGGGGCUGCCAAGAGCUGAAACCAUAUAUAUACAAAACCCCAGCCAGGAAGUUCCUGUGACACUGCUGUCGAUGUUUACAUCCAGCAGGCAUUUUUACAUACCUUUCUUUCACAGAAGAGUGAUCCCACCCCGAGGGAAGGCAUCUUUUAAACUAAUUUUCCUCCCGUCUGAGGAGGGCAAUGUAGAAAACACAUUAUUUAUAAACACAUCGGCCCAUGGGCUCCUGUCAUACCAGGUUUUUGGUGUGGGAGAUCACCGGGGUUCUUUAAAGUCUGUCCAAAGAAAGGACAGUCUGCUAGUAUUCCCUCACAUCCAGAGCAUUAAGCUGACCCAAACUCAGGUAUGUAUUUAG